AAUGACAACGACGUCCUUCGGAUCUCUAAUCUCACAGAAUGAAACAUCGUUUCCCGCAGGGUAUUCCCAACGAAAUUCUAUGGCAACAUCCGAAAGGAUGGGAGCAUUCGGCGAAAUGCGACACACUCCGUCUCCAGGAACGCAGAAGCUUCGAGUUGAUAUGAGCAGUUCAGGAUCAACUCCAGUAUCAAAAGUAGAAACACCAAUUUUACCGUCAAGCUCAAUGUCACAACAUCCACCGAAUAAUCCUUUUCCUAGGGGCUCUCAAAGCUACAACUCAUCCGGCUCCACACCCCUCCGUGUUAACACAUCAAACCGAAGUUCCGCAAAUUCUCAAAGACCCCUUCUCCCGCCUCAAGACCGUCCCGUGCGAUUUCAGACGAAUGGGCAUCUACAACCAUCAGUCUAUAUGCCAACGACACAUUCUCAAGCAGAUUCGAGUGAAUCACGACGGAAACACGAUAAGCUUUCAGAUGUCUAUUCGCAGUCUGGGGAUACUGUAGAGUUUGCAAAGAAUUUGAGUGAUUAUAUCAAUGAGAAAAUUCCGUAUCAAAUCAGUAUAGCGGUUCUGAGCUGUUUCAGUCUUCUCGCAUUUCUACUAAUUAUAUUUGGUCUUCUAAACGCUCCAUUCUGUGCAAUUCAACCAAUGAUCCCAAUAUGGUUGAUAGUCGAAGGAGUGCUCUUUAUAAUUUCUGCGACAUUUCGUAUAUAUUUCCUGAUUCCAACGCCUAGGAGAACAGCCUAUCGCAGACAACAGAGACAGCUCGGAGCAAGCUUAUUGUGCAAAGGGUUGGAAAUUCUCUUCGCACUUGCCAAUAUUGUUUGGCUGAUUUUGGGCUGCGUUUGGGUGUAUGGCUCGAAAGCAUUCGUUCACUUCAACGAGGGAAUGUUCGAACGUCAUUACUGCGAUCCAACAAUCUACUGGUCUGCCUUUUUUGCUUGCACCGCAUUUUUGAUCUUCUACUGCGUGAUCAUCUUCCUUGUUAUUUGCCUACUCAUAGUGGGAUCCGUUAAAGAAUCUUCAUCACAAGAUCAAAAUCUAGAUUAAUAUUUUGAAAUUUCCAACUAAACUAUUAUUAAAAUUUAAAUUUAAAUAAAAAACACUUACAAUUCUC